CCCUUUACCAAUGGCUAUCUCUAAAUCUUUGUCUCUUACUUUUCUUCUACUCCUUGGUUUAGGCUUAGCUUCGGCGGCCAGAACCCUUCUCUCUUAUGAUCCUCCACAUCACUCCGAUGUAGGCUAUGGAUACCAGCAUAACCCAAGAGUAGGGUAUGAUCAUGACCAUCAUGAUGGACCUUAUGGUGCAUAUGGUGGUGGGUCCGGUGGAGGAUAUGGAGCUGGAGCUGGCUCUGCUCUUGGAGGCUCUGGAUAUGGAAGUGGCGGCGGCGGCGGAGGUGGUUCUGGCUAUGCAGGUGUAGGAGACCUUGGAGGUAGUGGAUAUGGAAGUGGUGGUGGUGGAGGAAGUGGUGUAGGAUAUGGGGAUUUGGGUGGACAUGGGAAAGGCUAUGGUAGCGGUGGUGGUGGAGGAAGUGGUGUAGGAUAUGGGGAUUUGGGUGGACAUGGAAAGGGCUAUGGUAGCGGUGGUGGUGGAGGGAGUGGGUAUGGCGGUGGAGCUGAUCAUGGAGUUGGGUAUGGUAGUGGCGGAGGUGGAGGAUAUGGAGCUGGAGGUGGAGCUGGAUAUGGUCCAGGAGGAGACCGUGGUGUUGGCUAUGGGAGUGGAGGAGGGGGUGGGUCAGGUGGUGGUUAUGGUGGUGGAGCCAAAGGGUAUGGUGGUGGUGCUAAAGGAAGUGGAUAUGGGAGUGGUGGCGGCGCCGGAAGUGGCUACGGUGGUGUUGGUGGUGAAGGAGGAUAUGAUGGUGGAUAUUGA